UUUUCCCGACAUGGGGGACGAUGUAACGACUUCUCUCAAGUCCCGAAAAAGCAAAUUGACGUUGAAAUUAAGCGAUGGCUGCAACUACGUCUGCCGAUCUAGGCCUAACUCACUUAACCGGCUGAAAAAUUACGAAAAAUUACAUGGAUCUGCUUCCUUGCCCCACACUCCUGUCUCUCUGGAAACAUCCGCUAUUAACAAAGAAACUGAUAGAAACACGUACGGUUCGGAUGCAGAGAUCCACUUUAAUCAGUCGCCAGUUGAUCAAGAAUGCAAAAGCAAGCCGAGAGUCUUAUCCGAAUCGUUUCGGCAGUUGAAACGAUUGAGUGAAUGGACGAAAUUACCUGCGGCUUCGUCAACGUCUCGCUGGAAUUACGGCAGUGAAACUGUUUCAUCAUCCGCCCAGCACCGCCGAAUGCUAAUGAUGACAAGUGUGCGAAAUAAUUUAUCGCUCGACAGCCAGAAAAAUUCACCAGACUCUCAAAUGUCUGCCACUUAUUUCAUUUACCCUCCGCAAAUCAGCCAAAUUGCGCCGUCUGUAUUCCACCAAAGUGACCCCGGUGGUCUGAUGAACGCCACAAGUCCGAACUCGGAUUGUACGACGAAUGCCGGUGAAACGCCUUCUGCACGGCUAAUUGAAGCCAAUACUGCGCCACCUUCGCAGGACGGAACGUGGAAAACUAACGAAGCAUCAGCUCGAGUUGUCGUUCAUCGUUCAGCUAAUUUGAAUCUUCGUCGCCAGAAACGCUUCCAUUCGUCUUCACAUCUUGAAUCGCGGAGUGGCAGUACCAUGGAAGAUCCACUGGUGUAUGGACGCAAUCAUGUCACGCCCAUCUCGAAAGCGGAUCCGGGCUCCACUUCACGAGACAAUUCAAAGAUCAUUUCGCCCGAACUACUAGACCUUGUGGAGAAGAUGCAGACCAGUCGGCUGGACGACCAGCGCUGUGUGUUGCCCGCCUAUUUCACCCAGAGCACAUCGCGGGAUUUGGAAUUAGCCCCCAAACCGAGUGGCAGCGGUGGAAGCGGCGGAAGCAGAGGGAGCCACAACGACCUUGGAGCGUUCACCAAUGGAUCAGCCGGAGGUUCGGAUUCACCUACGCAAUCUGGCGGGGCGGCGGCGGCCAUUUCGACCCCACCUGCGCAUCCAUCGCGUGACAUUCUCGAAGAAGUCCUUUCCAAACCUGGACCGUAUCCCAUGGUGGUGCUGCCAAGAUCGGGCGGAUACUGGUGCGACGACGGCAGCGACACGACGGCAGCGGCGCCAGCCGAUCCAUCGCAGACGGCUUCGUGCAAGUUGGAGCUGGACGAGACGGCCCGCUGUUACCGCCGUUUUUUCGUCGGCAAAGAACACCAGAACUUUGUGGCUCAGGACGAUGCGCUCGGGCCCGUCUUAUUGUCGGUGAAACAUGAAAUGUUGGCCGGCCAGGAUUAUGUCCGGCUCAUCCUUCGUCUGCAGACCGGAACGUUGCACGAGGUCGUUCCGGCCACUUGCCUCAGCGACCAAGCAUCGCCUCACCGCAUGGCCAAACUGCUAUGCGAAGAGUUGAGCACCGAGAAAUUCGUACCUGUUUCGUGGCCCAAGUCGUCGCCGCUGAUCGCCGCCUACGACGAACACGUCUUAGUCAACCACUUCAAAUUCGGCCUGUUGCAUCAGCGGUUUGGCCAGACGACCGAAGAGGACAUCUUCUCGAACAAUGGCACAUCACCCGCCCUCGACGAGUUCCUUGACGUCCUAGGAAAGAGGAUCCACCUGCUCGAUCACAAAGGGUAUCGUGGAGGUCUGGACACGCAGUUUGGCCAGACGGGCGUCGAGUCGUUGUACGAGACGUUCCGCGACCGCGAAAUCAUGUUCCAUGUGGCGCCUCUCCUCCCUUAUACGGAGAACGAUGCCCAGCAGCUGCAGAGGAAGCGGCAUAUCGGUAAUGACAUAGUAGCCGUCGUGUUCCAAGAGGACAAUACACCCUUUGCUCCAGACAUGAUCGCUUCGCAUUUUCUGCAUGCCUUCAUCGUGGUGCAGCCCAUCGACCCGUGCACACCCAAUGUCCGCUACCGAAUUACGGUGACGGCUCGCGAUGGAGUCAACUUUUUCGGGCCCACACUGCCCGAUCCACCCGUUAUGCGCAAAGGCCCAGAGUUGCGUGAAUUCCUGCUGACCAAGCUCCUCAACGCUGAAAACGCUUGCUACAAAGCCCAAAAGUUUGCCCGGCUGGAGUUGAGGACGCGUACUGCCCUCCUGUCUAAUUUGGUCGAGGAUCUCCACAAGAAAACGUGCGACUUCCUACACCUGUCGUCGCCGCUUCUAAGCGGAUCGUCUCAGGCCGAAACGCCCGCCAAGGCCGAAGCGACCCAACAGACGGCGCCCAUCGGCGGAGGGGCCCGUUUCAUCGACACUGUUCGCAAAGCUCUUUCGUCUGCUAGGCGAUCGCAGCAAGAACAGGCAGCUGUCGGAUUGGCUGGCGCAGCCUCCAACAAAAAAGGUUCCAUGAACUGGUCGAAUGCGUCAUCCGAUUCAACUCCGGCCAGCACAUUGCGCCUGAGCAGCAAAGGCAGCAAUUUCAGUGGGCCCACCAAAUCGGCCAUGGCCGAUAAAUCUUCUUUAGCCACACAGUUGGCCGUCCAGCAGGCCGGCAUGGCUUCGCCGUCUACCAGCCCAUCGUUAGACACUCCGCCAUCUCGGAUUGCUCGUAUGACUGUGCCCGACAGCGAUGAAUCGUCGCUCAACAGCAUUGAGAUGGAGAACAUCCAUCAAUCAGCCAGCGGGUCGAGGAUGGCAGGUGUGAAUACAAUGCACCACCAGCAGCCUCCGAGGCCGCCGACUGAAGAUUCCGACACGGGAAUGGAAAGCUUGUCGUCAGCCGAAACGCCGGCCACGGCUAAAAGGUUGGCGGGCAAAUCGUGUUCUUGUUACGGCAGCACCAGCGAAGAACAGGGUCAUCAUCAGCCGGAAGAGGAGCACAUCAGACAGAACGAAAAUCUCCAGCAGGAAGUGAACAAGCUCAAGUUUGAUAAGUUGGAACUACUCAGACAAAAUGUGAGCUGCCAGCGUGAUAUCAAACGAUUAAAAGAGCGUGAAUUCCAGUUGCAUUCGGAGCUGAUUACAGCCAGUCAGGAACUACAGCGUCUGCGUUUAAUUCUUCGAGAUCAUCAGGCUACCUCAUCCAUGUCUGCUUACGAAGGAUCGCCCGUCUAAUCAGCAAAAGGGGGGAAACCAAAGAACCUCUAAAUGACGUAUCACCAUAUCUCACCAAUGAAUUCAACGACGAUUGCACACCUCCUGAUACGUGAUGGAUCAUUCGUAAUUUUUUUUUUUUUUUUUUUUCUUUUUUUUUAGUUUCUUUAACUUUUUUUUUUUUUUUCUUCCGUUUUUGCUCUCUCUCGUCCACCACCCCGUGUGUCCCACUUGCCUCUCUAACCAAAACUUGUUAUCUCUCUUUGGCGUUCCUGGACGGGAAAGAGCUUGACGCGAAAAAGGCAUCGAUUAUAUCAGAGAGAAAGAGAGAGGAGUAACAAUUCCUAUCUGAUUCCUUUUUGUUUUCAUUCACUGUUGAUUGUGGCUUAUCGUAUUCAUUGUUAUAUAUAUAUAUAUAUAUAUAUAUAUUUACCUACCAAAGAGACCGUUGCUUCAUAUUUUUUGCCCGACUGUAUGAUGCGCGUUCCGAUCAUCUAGAAAGAUGUGUGUGUCUUCUGUGUUUUUUUUGUUUUUUUUGUGUCAGUCCCAGUGAGAGAAAAUGACGGACAGAAAGCUGGGAAAAGAAAGAUGGCGAAAAAAAACAUAAACAAGAACCGUUGGGAAUGCAAAUAUUAUAUUGAUGUUUUCUUCUUUUUUUUUUUUUUAAAUUCAAACCUUUUUUUUUUUUUUUUGCGUUGUGCAUGGCCACGGUGCACAGUUUCUUCUAAGUCAAAUACGAUUUACUAACGAUGUUUUAAAUGGCGUCGUUUUACAUUGUGAAUCC